AUGAAGAAGUAUGUUAGUGAGCUCGAUGCCGAUAAAGGCGUUAACUUUUUGAAGAGAUCUGGAUGGUCAAACUUAUCACAAGCCUUGAUAGAUACUUUCAAAAUCUUUACACUCUUUUUGAAGAAAGCGGUCGAGCAUGGGCUUACCCCAGCUGAGAUUGGGUUGAUCGCGAAGAGCAACGGUAAGAAGGUUCCCAAAGUAAGUCUUCAAGACAUGGUUAACAACUCUGAUCAGAAACAUAGUGGUGAAGUAUUUGUCAAAAGUAAACAUGAGAAGAUAGUUGAAGGUCUCAACAUGUAUCUGCAGAAAGUUCCUCGUCGUCAUGUCGGUUGA